AUGGCCGCAAUAUCAUCUCGGUUCAACCCAUUAAGAAAGCUGCGUGUAACAUCGCCUCCCAGAAACGAUCCCGCCAUCGGCUUUCCAGAAGACCACCAGUUCAAUCGACGACUUCAGGAAGGCUCGGAAGGGUAUGUUGAGCAGUGGACUCACACAGCAUCGAAAACUAUAAUUGCGGUAAAGGUCGUCCGACACAAUCAUCCUUACCCCAACGAAGUCCGCAUUCUCCAACACUUACCAUCGCAUAAAUCCAUCGUAGGUUAUCUCGGAUAUUGCAAGAGACAACCAUAUGCGGAAAAGACAUCGAUAUUACUUGAAUACUGCUCAGAAGGCGAUCUUUUUACAGUAAGAGCACUAGCUGCCGACAAAGGUCGUAUGGUAUUUUCAAAAGCCUUCAUGUGGUCGGUGUACAGCCAGUUGAUGAACGCCAUCGCGUUUCUUCAUGAAGGAAUCGAUGAUCAGCAUCGGAGAGGUCGUGAUGAGUGGAGGCCAAUCGUGCAUCGAGACGUCAAGUUCGAGAACGUACUCGUAAAGAACUUAGGCUUCAAGGAUGACUGGUCAGACAUUGAGGUCAAGCUAGGCGACUUUGGAAUGGCUGGUUACUAUGAUCCAAAAAAUCCUAAUCCUCGAGGGCAUAUUGGCACAACUCACUACUGGCCGCCGGAAGUCACUUGGGAGAAUAAGCGUCUGGGUCCAGCAAGUGAUGUAUGGAGUGCUGCAACCAUUAUCCAUGAACUUGCUCAUAACUUUGGACCGCUCGUUGACCCCAAAGUCAUCGAGAAGAAAUGGUUUCUGCAGAAUGACAAAGCACCGUACUUGGAUUCCUGGCCGGAUAAUCUCAAGAAGAACUACUGGUCAAGUAAAGCGCCGCGGAGACCUAUACCAAUCAAUAUCGAACCCGGUGCUCCAAUCCCAAUCUUGGCCGACGAAGAUCUUGGAUACGACAAACAAGCGCUCGCAUUCCGUCAAUGUAGACCAAGCCCAAAGCACUCUGAUGCCUUGAGUGACUGUAUGAUGGCAGGGUUAGCGAUGUCUCCAGGAGAACGACCAGAGUCUGGGCAAUUGUUAAGGGAAAUUGAGACAGCACAUGCGGAAGUUCUGUUCCAGGAUUUAUGCUUGGCACACAAGCGCGAGACAAUCAAUGCAGAAGAUGAGGAUAUAAGAGAAGACGUUACAGAGAGCGACCACUAA